AUGAGUAAGCCUUACCAGAAGAUACCUUCAAGACUAAAGUAUUUUAGAACGAAACUUUCCAUUUUCACUAGGUUCAACCUUUAUCAAUCAAUUAACAAAAAAGACCAAGACGAUAAAGAGUUACAAGUUAUCGGCCAUGAAAGGUGGUAUCAAGAGCGCACUUCACGAUCGAGCGUGAAGAAGAAGAAGCGAAUUUCUAGGCGUUCGCAUAGCGCUGCUGAAUUUUCUAACGCUAGCCUCUCAGCGGCCAAUAAGAGAGCUGCUUUUCGAAACCGCAGCCAAAGUUCGGAGAAGGAAAGCGAUAGUGAAGGGGGAAAAAGUACACCGCAAAGAGCUGAUUCGUUGUCUAAAUUGUUUCGUGGCUGUAAAAGACAAUCAAGUCAAUCAAAGCAUGAAUACAGUGCAGUUAAAACUGAAGGUGGAAAUGACAAGUUUAGAGGAGAGAACAAAAUCCGUAAUAAUGCAUUACUGGCUUGCAAGAAAAAAUUCAUUGAUAAUGAAAGAUACGACCUGAUCAGUCAGCUCGGUGAUAUCGGCUUUCGGAGCGACAAAAAUUGGUUUACCGUCCACGAUAAAACUCUUGGCGCAGAAAGACUGCUUACCUUAGUACCGCUACCGUCCACAUGUCCCAUUGCUCCAAGCCAACAAACGCGAGAAACCCUCAUUGAACUUUUCAGGGGGCUCCAGCAUCCAUAUAUCCAUCCCGUCCUCGAUAUCGACUUUUGGAAAGACGAAGCAGCUAUUUUUGCCCCUUUAAACCCCACAGGUAGUCUAAAGGACUUGAUUUAUCAGAGCUUUUGGCAGGACGACUAUGAAAAAAAGUACGUUUGCAGAGGUGAAGGUCUCCCAUUACGAACAGUGCAAUGUCUUGGGAGGCAGAUUAUUGAAGCUUUGCUCUUUUUGAGAAACAAGCAAUUUCCACCCAUAUAUCAUCUACAUUCAGGCAAUGUCAUAAUACAAAAUGGGGUCGCCCGACUAGCCGGCUUGGAAAAUCCGUUUCUGGGCCUCCUGCCAAAAGGUCCUGCCGCUCCUGAAACACUAGCUUUCGGUUAUCUGCUCUUCGAAAUGACUGCAGGUUAUGAAUUGCCCGGGCCCCCGAGCCCUGCCCACUUGCAAUUGGAGUUGGAGAGAACACCUAAAGUUGCUGAUAUAUUGGGACUCAUAUUUCAAAGCACAAGGACACCAACUCUGGAGGAGCUGAUCCGCUGUGAACUGUUCAGAGGAGUAGAGCUGCGAGAGUUACGAGGAGCCAGUAUUGUCCAGGUCCCGUCGCCUCCCGAAGUUAUGCAACUUUUGGACGUUGUAAGAACACCAUCGCUACCAACUCCGUUACUAAGACGACAAGACACUGUAGUGAUUGUAGAAGAUUGUAGAAAAAGAGCUCUGGAAGAUAUUAUAGAAGAAGACAGCGACCUUAGCGAGAACAAUAGUCUAGAUGAAGAUUGCAAUAGUAGUUUAAGAUAGUAGUGUAAGCUAAAGGUAGUUUAGACUUGAUUGUAUUUUUUCGUAAUAUGUAGAUUUGGUCAAUCACUUGUGUGUACAAUGGGUCAAAUUUAUUUCCGGGUUAUUUCAAAAACCGCAUUUUGCGAUUCAAAAAUCGCAAUAAAUGAGGAAUCAAUCACUAAAAUACUGAAUCAAUUACUGAACAAAUUAAAAUUAAAUUAGAAGAAACCGUACGAGGUACAACAAAUUUGGAAAUGUGUGAACACAAGUUGGUAGAUCACAUGCUACUCAUGAACCGGAUGCUCCAAAAUUGGCAUCAUCUAGGAGUUGUAUACAACAUAUUCGUUGUCUUUUGCAAUUUUUAUUCUGCCUUCUACUUUUGUUUUAUUCACCAUGUUUACCUUGACUUAAACUUCGCAUUUGUCUGAAAAAACACACGAAAAAAUCAGCGUAAUGUUUGUCGAUUUUGCAACUCUUAAAAAAACGCGCGUAUCUAAAAGUUCUUGAAAUCAAGGCUUUUUGAGAAAACUACCAACAUUUCCUUAUCGAUGGUUUCUUUUCUAAAAAGGCUUUUUAGUUCUCUACGGAACGAUGUAAAAAUUAACGUUUUCACUCAUUUUGCUUCCGAGAAAUGAUCAAAAACGGGACGAAAAACAUUAAAUGUUGGCACAAUCUUGCACCUUGUGUCUGAUAUUCAAAUUUCGCUCUCUGUGUCAAAACUACUCAAA